GGCGAUAAACCCUGAUUUGGGAUGGUAUGGGUAGGUGGGCUCCGCAUUGCAAAAAAAGUUAAGCUUAUGUGCUGUAAAGCUACUUCUGAUAUUUGUUAUCUUUGUCAGUUUUACAAACUGAUAACUAUGUGGACAGGUCAGUGUUAAUAUCAGUCGUGUAUUGUAUUGUAAUUUGCCUUUCCAGGAGUGAGUGUAGGCAGCCAUCGCACUGCAUGUUAUAGUCGAAGGUAAACAUCACUCUUAAAUACCCAAAAGAGGUCGUCUGCUUUUUUUUCUACGCUUUGGUCCCCCUAAUUCUUCAUGACACCAAGGUCUAUGUAUACACCAGUCGAGUGUGUGAAGUUGGUUCCAACUCCAGUAGCUGUGUUCCCUCCUGUGAGUCUGCAAAGGUUUGUCCUGCUAAUCUGUCAUUAAGUCUGUUCUCCAACUCUCUGACCUUCCCGUGGAGAGGGAAAUGACAAAGCAAACCCCCAGUAUGGAACCUACCAAUAAUGGUUGUUGCAGACCAGUAGUGGCUGGUGGAAAGUUUUCUUGGGCGAUGCCACAUCCAGUCAGUGUCAAAAAACUUUCCUGUAAGGGGUUAAUACAAUUUCUUAACUCUCAAGUUAAAUAUUUAAGAGUUGUUCUGUUCAUGUUUUGAUGCAGGAUUAAAUCCCAUUUUGAUAACUACCGUCAAAAGGAAGUCAUGACCACUGAUCAUACUGGCGAAAUCUGAGCACUUCAACAUGGUCAGAGUAAAGAUGUGAAACCAAGUGUGCAGUGUGUGGCCAGAGCUCAGAACCUCUCAUGGGCACCAAAGCCUACUUUAAUAACAAUGGUAAGACCAAUAGUAAUAUUGUCAGGUCAUGAUUAUAAUGACCACAAUUAUCAGGGUUACCAGUACUGUCACUGUUUCUAAAAAUAAAUCACAGAUACACACCCUAGUUUUAUUUUGAAUGCAAAAAUCGGCAACCCCAGUGCUUUUUGGUUACACAUUACAAAUUGUAAACAGCAAUCAAAAUGAAUUUUCAUACAUGCUAGACCCCCCCAGAAUUUACUUAAAAGGACAACAGUUAUAUAUAACUUACAGUAAACUUUCCUUAGUGUACAAUCUUCAUGGGGAUCAUGGAGAUGAGUCAGAUAUGCAUCAGACCUAGGCCUGUCAGGAUAAAAGUUUUUUGAAGAUAUACAUACCGGUAGUUUCCCCAAAAACUAAAACGAUAAAGGAUACCACCGUUGCUUUUUUUGUGUCACCUGUCAAUCAAAUAUUCUUUGACAUUCGCUGUAUUUAACUACUGGCUGAUUAACGUGUGUCGCUGAGGUUAUGCUUCGUAAACGGUUAACUUUCCCGUGCGUGUUAAUUGGGGACGAGCACACACAGCAACUAAUUUAUUUGUUGCUUUAAUACAGAUAGUUAUUUGUGUUCAUGUAGUCCUUGGACUUUGCAGUACAUAACCCAGUUAAAAGGAAAAAAGAUCAUUUAGAAACUGUGUGAUCAUAGUUCAUCCUGCAGACUCUUAAGGUUUAUAAUACUAGUUUGCAGCACCUAACUUGGCACAGUGCGCUAUCAUAAAACAGAUGCCUUUUCGCUGUUAAAAAAAAAUAAAUAAAUAUCCUCCUUCCUAUGCACUUGCAAGAGUUGUCUUAGACUGCUGGAGGGUUCUUUUGAUUUUCAAAAAAAUUAUUUAACUUGGAUACAGGUUUUUGAUAUAUAAAUUGUAUUCUGGGUUUUGUUUAAGCUGUGGCUACUAUGUACAUAACUAUAUUUACUGUGCUAGCAAUACGUACGUAUGUUCUUACUGAGAAAAGUCAAAUGAUAGAGCACAUUAUUUUUAUCUAAAUUUAUUCUUAAGAUAUCUACAUGCUGUCAUGUGUUUUAAAAGGACCAUGAAAUCAAAAGUCGUGAAACGUAACUGCACUACUAUUUUUGUUGCGGACUGUUGACAUUUAGAAGAGAUAUGAUGACAUAUUUAUAAUGUGCCUGCGUUUUGGGCAGAGGGCUGGGGGUGAUCAACAUAAACCUUUGCUGUUUUAGUGGUUAACAAAAUUAUGCAAAAUCCCUUUUGAAUGAUUGUGUUUAUUGGUUACAGUCACUUGUGCGUUAUAAAAAAAAAUAAUGUGUUGAAACAAGUGGUGAUGACAUAGUCCAAGCUUAACUACUACUUCCAGUUGGACCCCUCAGUUAAAACAAAGUGGUAGGUGUUUGCAAUACAUUCUUCUGGUCUGUUCUAGAUUUUUGUCUUUUCAAGAACCUGAGCUCUGUUCCAAGUAUGUCAAACUCAUAAGUUGACUAUGUAAUUGACUUGGAAAUUUAGUUUGAAAUCCCGUUUUUUAAUAAACUGUAAAUGAGGGAGUAUAGAAUUAUGACUUGCUUGCUAACAAACCAAGAGAAAUAACACCAGAUUGGGAAUAGAUGUACCUUUACUGCUAGUGUAGCUAACAUCUCUCUGCCCUCCACUCCAACCCACCCACCACACAUUACAUUCUUGGCCAGGAGAUCUCCCCCUGACCACUUGUAAGGGUGUUCUUGUGAUGUUAGCCAGCAUUGCUUUAUUAGUUUUGUGGUCAAAGGCAGACCGUUUGUUGUCAUCACUCUGGGGUGUUUCCUCCAGCUGAGGUGCAUAAAGUCUAUUGCUUUGUGACUGUCUCUUCACGUGGGACUAAUUUUAAGGUCAUUAUACCCACAAAUGGACUUUGUAUUGAAUGAGUUUGUUGCAUAGGCAGCUCUGGAGGAACCGGAUCUUGGGUGACUGCCGAGAACUGCACUUUGCAGACAAUCUGACUAAACAUGGGGCAGCAUGUUGGCGUGUGUGAUUAGCACGUUGGCUUUGCAACACAAUUGUUAUGGAUUUAAAACUCGGGCCUAUUUUGUUCUGAGUGUAUUACGAAGUCCGCUGAAUGUCAGUCAGAAUGACACGUUAACACACAACAACAUUGAAGGAGAAUGAGGGUCUCCUGUAAUUACUUUGUGGCAUAUGGAUUUAGGUCAUAUUAGGGAGAAACUUAUUGGAGUGGACAGUGAGUGUAGCAAGAAUAUGAAAAGAUGAAAGAAAGUGGACAUUGGAGAAUAAUGCUGCAAAGUCUAGAGCCAAGGCACAGCAGCAGGAUAAGUUAACGUUCCUGUCUGGUUAUUUCUGUUAUUUCUAGUUGUGCAUCCUCAAACAUUACAAUGACGCAGCUGAGGUUUACAUCAUCCAUAGUGUAUCAGCACUGAAAAUACAGUUGUACAGGUUGAUAUCUGGUAGUAGCAGCUGCAUGUUUGUUGGGAGGGUUGAGUCAUUCUGUCACAGGGCGCAUUCUAACCAGUCCAUUUUUUUUUUUUUUUUUUAAAUGUCAGUCCUUUUGAAUAUAAGGUAAACGUCUCAUCAAAGAUUAUCCCCAAGGAGUCAAUGUGCUUUAUGUUCCAUGUUUAACUCCUAGACAAUUGUACACAACAUAUAGAUGAUUAACUUCUUGGUUUGUUCGCUUAGUACAGCUCCAGCUUUUUCAAGUUGAGUCUCACAGACUUCUCUCCUCCCAACCCUUGCCCUCUUCUUCCCUUAGACACUUGAUAAACAAUGGUCAGUUUUCAAACUUAAUGGAAUAGCUCAAACAGACGAAGCUCAGCAAAAGAAAGGUAGUGCUAACCACCACAGCAGCUGUAGUGAGCAAGAGUGUGUGUUGGCGUGUGCACAGCCUGUAUGUGUCUCUUUUGUGCUCAGAUGAGAAACUCCAUGUACUAGCGUGUGUCAGACCUGCUCCAACUGUCUGUGGGACUCUGGGACCCUGUUGCAAUUAAAGGAGACAUAUUAUGACAGUGUAGUGGUUCACUUCACCUGACUGGAGCACACAGAAUUGGUUUACUUCCCACUGUGAUGAUGUGAAUUUGAGUAUAAAUUGCUGUCACGAUGUGAUCCCUGUGAUUGGCUGAUGAUCUGUUCAGGGUGUACUCUCCCUUUUGCCCUAAGUCAGCUGGACGGUUCCAGUUCCCUGCAACCCUUAACAUAAUAAGUGAUAUAGAAAAUGAAUGGAUACUAUGCAUUCCCCCCACACAAUUUAAAACAGUUCCCAGGUGUGUCAAUGAUGUAAUGUCCAUACUUGGUAAAAAUAUGCACAGGACCAAGAAUUAUAGUACACUGAACAAGCCAAGGUUAGAUGUUUUGGAGACAAAGUUAGUGAGUGCAGACUUUGAUGGUUCGGACACAUCCAUAGGAGAGAGAGUGAGUAUACUGGUAGAAGGAUGAUGAGGAUGGAUCUGCCAGGCAAGAGAGCUAGAGGAAGACUAAAGAGACGGUUGAUAGAUGUAGUGAGGGAAGACAUGAGGGCAGUUUGUGUUUCUGGUUUGUGCAUGUUAGAAAUAGAAAAAGUGUUCCCACAAAGCUGGGAGAGCCGCUGCUCUUCCACAUCGAGAGGAGCCAGAUGAGGUGGCUGGGGCAUCUGAUUCAGAUGACUACCGGACACCUCCCUGGUGAGGUGUUCCAGGCACCUCCCACCGGGAGGAGACCCCGGGGACGACCCAGGACACGCUGGAGAGACUACGUCUUUCGGCUGGCCUGGGAACGCCUCAGGAUACCCCCGGAAGAGCUGGAUGAAGAGGCUGGGGAGAGGGAACUCUGGGCGUCCCUGCUAAAGCUACUGCCCCCGCGACCCGACCUCAGCUAAGCGGUAGAAAAUGGAUGGAUGGAUGGAUGGAUGAUUAAGAAGAUCACGUCACUUCAAAUCAUAUGUGGAGGAGGGAAGAGGAAUGGUCGAAGUAAGAAAUGGAAGGAAAUGCUAAAACUACCCCAUAUAAGCCAGUGUGAGGAGCUGCGUUGCAUUAUUGAGAGGGACUAUACUAGUCUAUGUGAGAAGCAGCCUAUUGGUCGGCUUCUAUUUCGUCAGUACUGUGACACCAGGCCAGAGCUGAAGCGCUGCAUCGAAUUCAUGGACGCCGUGGCCACGUAUCAGUUAGCUCCUGAUGAGAAGCGGAGGGACUGCGGAUUGAAUGUUUUAGACACUUACUUCAAUAACGGGUCGGCAGCCCAUCUGCCUGGCGUACCUCAAGAUGUGGUCGCUGGGUGCCGGGAGAGACUUGAACAGAGUCCUUGUAAGGAGCUCUUCAAUGACUGCACCAAAAUAGUUCGUGAUUAUCUAAGUGGCGCACCAUUUUCCUCCUACCAGGAGUCCAUGUACUUCUCUCGCUUCCUGCAAUGGAAAUGGUUGGAGAGGCAACCAGUAACCAAAAAUACCUUCAGACAUUACAGAGUACUAGGAAAAGGUGGAUUUGGCGAGGUUUGUGCCUGCCAAGUGCGCGCCACCGGUAAGAUGUACGCCUGUAAAAAGCUGGAAAAGAAACGAGUGAAGAAAAGAAAAGGUGAAGCAAUGGCACUAAACGAAAAACGAAUUUUAGAAAAAGUUAACAGUAGUUUUGUAGUUAGUUUAGCAUAUGCCUAUGAGACCAAGGAUGCCCUGUGCCUGGUGUUGACGAUAAUGAACGGUGGUGACUUAAAAUUCCACAUCUACAACAUGGGCAACUCUGGAUUUGACGAGCAGAGAGCCAUCUUUUACGCUGCUGAGAUUUGCUGUGGCCUUGAGGACCUGCACCGUGAGAGAAUAGUUUACAGGGAUUUGAAACCUGAAAACAUCCUUUUGGAUGAUCGUGGUCACAUCCGCAUUUCAGACUUGGGUCUUGCUGUGCAAAUUCCUGAAGGAGAGACGAUACGAGGGAGAGUAGGCACUGUUGGAUACAUGGCUCCUGAGGUAAUCCAGAAUGAGAGUUACACCUUCAGUCCAGACUGGUGGGGUCUGGGCUGUCUUAUCUUUGAGAUGAUCCAAGGCCAGUCACCCUUUCGCAAGCGCAAAGAACGUGUCAAGCGGGAGGAGGUGGACAGACGAGUGCGUGAGGAUCAGGAGGAGUACUCUGAUAAGUUCUCUGAAGAAGCAAAAGAUAUCUGCCGACAGCUGCUGGCUAAAGAUCCCAAGAGUCGUCUUGGUUGUGAGGGUCGCGGUGCCAUAGAGGUCAAGCAGCACUCUAUCUUCAGGAACAUCAACUUCAAACGAUUGGAAGCAAACAUGCUAGAACCUCCUUUCAGCCCUGAUCCUCGGGCUGUGUACUGCAAAGACGUCCUCGACAUCGAGCAGUUCUCCACUGUCAAAGGUGUGAACCUUGACCCCACCGAUGACGACUUCUACCACAAGUUUGUCACAGGGAGUGUCUCCAUCCCGUGGCAGAAUGAGAUGAUUGAAAUGGAGUGUUUCAAAGAAAUCAAUGUCUAUGAGACUGAUGGGACAUUGUGUCCAGACCUGGACAUGAACCGGCCUAACCCUCCACCAAAGAGAGGCUUCUUCUACCGCCUGUUUAGAAGAGAGGUCUGUUUUAAGAGCGGUUACAGUGACGACGAGUUUGAGGAGCCCUCGCGACUUUAAACCACUCCCUUCACCCGCCAAAACAUCCCCAACUCCCUUACCCCCUCACCCUUUGCCGCUGAUCUUCAUAAACUCCAGCCGAGUGCAAAUCUUAGGAACUCAGUGAAUGUUGACCUGUAUUUAUGAGCUGUAUUAAAAGUGUAUUAUAAUUAAAGAAAAAAAGUAUGAGUUUAAAGAUUUUGUACCUUUGUACUUGAAUUUAUGUCUAGAUGUAUAUUUUCACUAAAGGUUGUAUUGUACAAAAGCCAUAAAAGUACCACUUGAAUGCAUACAUUACAUUUUCAUUUUAUUGUCUUUGGAAAUGAGUACGGAUAAUCUUUCUUUGGGCAGUUUUUAUUUUAUUUUAUUUUUUUACAAAGCACAGUAAGUACAAUUUGUCUUUACUUUUCUCAAUGUAGCAUAAGGCAUUUUUUAUUUUUACGUGUGCUGUAUGUUUCAAAUCGAUUUGGCCAAUGACAUGUUUUUAGCACAUCAGAUAUACUCUAUCCCAAAAUUAAACCUUGUUGCCUCCUUAACCCUCAUGGCCCAGGUAUAUCUGAAUGAAUUCUAUCAAUAAUGCAGAAUAAAUCUGUUAAUAACUGCUGUUGUUUCCCAGCAAUUUUAUAGUACAUUACCCAAGUCCCUCCCGCCCCAUCCUCUUGAUUGAAGGUUAAGUAUGGACCAUGGACAGUAUACCUCUUCCCAAGUUGUGCAGGUCGAGACGGCAUGUUUGGCAUUUUGCUAGUAUGUGUUCCGUGUGCCGGUGCCAACUUCUCAAGCACAGGUGACAGUGAUUUUUUUUUAAUUUUUUUAUUAUAAUUAUUUUUUUUUCCCUGACAGCUUUUGGUCAGAGUGUGUCCAACAAAAGGCCCUCUACAGUCCAAAGCCUGUGAAUUCAAAGGCUCACAAUAGUAAUAUCAGAUGUCAGACCUUGUUUCCCCUCUGGAGCACAACUCUUAAGUAAAUGUCUGUUAUUAAUCCUACAAGCAGAGCAAUGUGGGAUUUCAUUAUUCCUGGCCCCUUUUUAUGCUUUACUCCUAUCUUUCUCCUGAUGUGUCUAACCUUUGUUAUUGUUAUAACCUUUCUCUCAAAACUCUUCUUCUCAAUGUUUUGCUGCCCAAGUCAUUGAAUUUUAGAUGCCUAAAUUGAUGGUGUAAUAUGAAAAAUCUGACUUGCAGCUGACAAGUGCUACAUCUUAGUAAAACACCUCUGUUGAAUAAAAUGAACCACCAUCACUUCUGUCAGUAACUGUUAGCAUCUGCACUCAGUUGGGAAUAGAGCUUCUGUACAGUAGAUCAUAAAUAGCUUGCCAGAUAGCCUACUAGUAGAGGAUAUGCAGCUACAGUGGGUACGGAAAGUAUUCAGACCGCCUUAAAUUUUUCACUCUUUGUUAUAUUGCAACCAUUUGCUAAAAUCAUUGGGGUUUUUUUCCUCAAUGUACACACAGCACCCCAUAUUGACAGAAAAAAACUGAAUUAUUGAAAUUUUUGCAGAUUUAUUAAAAAGAAAAACUGAAAUAUCACACAGCCGUAAGUAUUCAGACCCUUUGGUCAGUAUUUCGUAGAAGCAGCCUUUUGAGCUAAUACAGUCUUUUUGGGAAUGAUGCAACAAGUUGUUCACACCUGGAUUUGGGGAUCCUCUGCCAUUCCUCCUUGCAGAUCAGUCAGGUUGGAUGGUGAAAGUUGGUGGGCAGCCAUUUUCAGGUCUUUCCAGAGAUGCUCAAUUGGGUUUAAGUCAGGGCUCUGGGUGGGCCAUUCAACAACAGUCACGGAGUUGUUCUGAAGCCACUCCUUUGUUAUUUUAGCUUUGUUCUUAGGGUCAUUGUCUUGUUGGAAGGUGAGCAUUUGGCCCAGUCUGAGGUCCUGAGCACUGGAAUGAGAGUGUUUUCGUCCAGCAUAUCCCUGUACUUGGCCGCAUUCAUCUUUCCUUCGAUGGCAACCAGUUGUCCUGUCCUUCCAGCUGAAAAACACCCCCACAGCAUGAUGCUGCCACCACCAUGCUUCACUGUUGGGACUGUAUUGGACAGGUGAUGAGCAGUGCCUGGUUUUCUCCACACAUACUGCUUAGAAUUAAGGCCAAAAAGUUCUAUCUUGGUCUCAUCAGACCAGAGAAUCUUAUUUCUCACCUUCUUGGAGUCUUUCAGGUGGUUUUUUUUUUUUUUUAGCAAAUUCCAUGUGGGCUUUCAUGUGUCUUGCACUGAGGAGAGGCUUCCGUCGGGCCACUCUGCCAUAAAACCCCGACUGGUGGAGGGCUACAGUGAUGGUUGACUUUCUAGAACUUUCUCCCAUCUCCCGAUUGCAUCUCAGGAGCUCAGCCACAGUGAUCUUUGGGUUCUCCUUUACCUCUCUUACCAAGGCACUUCUACCCCGAUUGCUCAGUUUAUUCGGACGGCCAGCUCUACGAAGGUUUCUGGUCGCCCCAAACCUCUUCCAUUUAAGGAUUAUGGAGGCCACUGUGCUCUUAGGAACCUUGAGUGCAGCAGAAAUCUUUUUGUAACCUUGGCCAGAUCUGUGCCUUGCCACAAUUCUGACUCACAUUCACACCUACGGGCAAUUUAGAGUCUCCAAUUCAUGCAUGUUUUUGGGAUGUGGGAGGAAACCAGAGUGCCCGGAGAAAACCCACGCAGGCACGGGGAGAACAUGCAAACUCCACACAGGCGGGACCGGGGAUUGAACUGUGAGGCAGACGCUCUAACCAGUCGUCCACCGUGCCGCCUGUGAUAUUUCAGUUUUUGUUUUUUAAUAAAUCUGCAUACAUUUUUACAUUUUCGUUUUUUUUCUAUCAAUAUGGAGUGCUGUGUGUACAUUGAGGGGGGAAAAAAUUUGCUUAAAUUAUUUUAGCAAAUGGCUCCAAUAUGACAAAGAGUGAAAAAUUUAAGGGGGUCUGAAUACUUUGCAUACCCACUGUAUAUUCAGUGAUUUAAGCUGUUUAUGCUAGAUCAGGAGAACUCUGUUUGUUGUAAUAGCGCACAACAUUUACUCUUCCAUUAAAGACAGAGUAGUAUGUUCUCUCUUAGAAAUGACUAGUUUGAGGUGCUCUUUAUGUGUGGAAAAAGACAAAAAUAUAGGAUUUGAACCCCUUCCAGUUCCAACAAAACUGAAUAUAGGGGUUAGCUCAUCUUGUUCUCUUUGGGACUUGAUUUUGGUGUAUACGGUUGCUCUCAAAAGCUUUUGAAGUUUAGAGUUGUCCUUUCAGUGUAACUUCCGACCAUCCGUUUUUAAUGCUGUGAAUACUCAGUUUAUAAUCAUUAGCUUACUGUGUACAUUAAAUUGUAUAAAAAUGAAACUUUUGUUCAGUUCAGUGCAUUAAAUCAAGUUUGAUCUGAAUUAAUGACGAACUUCAGUCAGUUUAAGUUCAUUUAGUUUCUACAGUUCUCAAUUCUCAUUAGUUUUCAUAAAAUAAAUAAAGCAAAUUGUCUGCAUUUCUUUCCAAAUUCAUAGUUUGUAAUCAUGGAGGGACUUUAUGUGCACAGAAUUUCUGUAUUUGCAUAUAUGUGACUGUGUGUGCAUAUAUUACUCCUCCUAGUUUGGUUUUCUCUUGUUCUAAAAAAUGUCUGCCAUUGCACAUUCCAUUAUGAUGAUUCAAAUGUGCCAUGUACCUGCUGCUGGCUUGAGUCAUUUUGUUUCUAUUUGUUGCUCUCGGGCAUGCUCUGAUGCUGACUCUCUUGCCUUUGUAGAUUUGAUCCUUUUUAGUACUUCUAGCCUCAAAAACUUUGUACAUUAAAAACUAAGCUGUAAAACUCAUUUGCUCUAAUAGAGAAACUAAUGGCUGCACCUCCAUAAUUCAUCUGCAAUGGUCAGUACUAAUUACUCCACCUAACAUUCAUUGCACUCGGAUGUUUUUUGCCAGUGAUACCAAAAGAAACAUUUUAUCAAAUGAAAUGUGUAUUAUCUGAAAAUAUAAGUGAGGACAGACUGUCUUCAUAGUAUGUGCCAAUUGCAAGAAGUAAAUUUGUGACUAUACCUUUUUCACACUUCGUGUGUCCUUCCGUCCAUUCAGAGAGAAUUUCGUUCACAUAAACUUUAAACUGCUCAAAGGUUUUGAAUGUUCGCACUAAGUGCAUUGUAAUGCCUGUUUUAAAGAAAUAUGUUUUAUUACGCAAGCAUGUAUUGGUUUGUAAUACAUCAGUUUCCUUGUAUAUGUAAAUGAUGACUUUUUAGUGCCAAGAUAUCUUUGGUAUAUGAGGACAGUUUAAAAUGACAAGGUGACCCGUACACAUGGCCUUGUUUGAAUACAUUGAAUUCAUUCCUUCUUUGAUAGGGAUUUAGCCCUUCCCGACUGGGAUUACCUGCAACAGGAACAUUUGAGGUAGAGAUCCUCAAUUCCUUGUCUGGGGUCGAGUCAUAUAAGCCUAGAGAACCACUUGGGAUUUCUCAUACUGUCUAGACAUGUUAGCAUAAAGAAAUUUCAAGGAACGCUUGUAUUCCAACAGGGCCUGGGACUUUUUUUUUUUUUUUUUUCUUUUUCCCCUUUUGUACCUGUACAGUCAUGUUGUUCAACCACUGCAGUCAUUGUUAAUUCUUGUACAAGUUGUAUCACUGGUUGUUGUACCAUAUCUUACAUUUGUAAUUAUGAAACAAUACACUGCCGUUUGUAUAGAA